ACACUAAACUCAACCAUCCCAUUAUUAAUCAUUAUAUAUCUCCGCCUAUUCUGAUCUGCUGAAAAAGCACUCAAUCGGCAUCAAACACGAAGAUGGACGGCCACCACCACAACACCCGCCACCACGAUCGCCGUGAAGAAGAAUACAACCACCCACCGCCGCCGCCGCAAGUUCACCACACUGGGCCAGCACCGCCGCAAGUACACCACACAUCUCACACCGUCCCAACUCCGAACGCGCCACCAGUCUACACAAUAAACGCCCACAAUCCAUCUCCGCCGCAAGUCCAUCACACCUCCUACUCUCCGCCGCCGUCGCACGUGCCAAGCCACAGCCCGCCGCCCGCCGCCCACAACGAGCUGGCGAAUAAGCCUUCUGUGAGGAUGUAUUGUAAGGCUGAGCCCAAUUUCUCCUUGACCAUUCGCGAGGGGAAGGUUGUUCUUGCGCCAUCGAAUUCCGCCGAUCCUUUGCAGCACUGGAUAAAAGAUGAGAAGUUCAGCACGAGAGUCAAGGACAAAGAGGGCUUCCCGAGUUUUGCUUUGGUCAACAAAGCCACUGGGCAAGCCAUGAAGCACUCUAUUGGUGUUACUCAACCUGUUGAGCGGCGACGAGCAGUUGGUGGUGUUGAGCAAUUUAAAAUUGAAGCAUGGUUGGUUGAGUUGAGUCCUUACAAUUCUAACAAACUCGAUGAAUCCAUUUUGUGGACCGAGAGCAAGGACUUAGGCGAUGGCUAUCAUGCAGUGAGGAUGGUCAGCAACAUCAAACUAAACGUGGAUGCAUUCAACGGGGAUAAGAACCAUGGUGGCGUCCAUGAUGGCACUAGAAUCGUGCUUUGGGAGUGGAAGAAGGAUUCCAAUCAACGCUGGAAGAUCGUCCCAUUCUGAUUGAUUGCAUCUCGAGGAUCUCUUGCGUGGAUGUGUGUAUGUUGUCAAGUGGUAUAAACGUGCAUUUGGGCUUCAACUGCACUCUUCUGUAUCAUUGAACAACAGUUGCUGGAUUAAAUGCUUUGUGCCUCAUUUGUAACUCCCUCCAUUUCCUUGUAUCAUUGUAUCUAUGUUUCUUACUGCCUUCUUUUUAAUAUGAAACGUAGCUCAAUCUUCCUCUUUUUAA